AUGUCCUGCUUGCCAUUGAUCCGAUGUAGCGCGACUGCUGUCACCCCCAUGGAACGGCAGGGGACUCCUGGUAGGCAUGCUCUCGACAGCCACCUGCAUCGACAUCCUUCUCAAGCGAAGCAUCCAACGACACAACCACUGCCUGCUCGAGGACGAAUGGGAUCUGGACAGAGGAACAGUUCUCCCACAAACAGCGCAAACAACGCUUCCGUUGCUGCCACCCAACACAUGCGGCUGUUUCGGUGGCUGAACAAGAUAGAAUUCUCUGGGGACCCCGGCUUCUCCACUUCCGAAUCCCAUCUCGAGCUGUGGGCAUUCAUUGUUUCUCCGUUGCCCCAUGCCCCUUCAUCUUCCUCUCUCUAA